CUUCAAAUCUUCCACAAUUCAUCCACCUUAUUCAUCAUCAUUCAAAAAAUCAACACUAAUCCAACUUCCAAACCAAACUCAACCAACAAUGAGCGGCAAAAAUCAAGAAUCCCAACCCAUCCAUUACCCUCACAUCUCUCCCUCCAACACGGCUCCGGAACCGUCUUUCUCAGCUCCGGGGCCAUCUUCCCCUGCUCCUGCCGAUGCCGAGAAGUGGGUAAAUCAAGAAUUCCAACCUGAGAUGGCUCCGGAGCCGUCCUCCCCUGCUCUGCCUGACGCAGAGAAAUGGGGGACCCACGUGAUGGGCACUCCGGCAGUGCCGACGUGUCAUCCAAACAACCAAAAGGCAGCUAUGUGGGGUGUAGCCGAUCAAAAGGACUACCAAAACCAUCAUCAACCCUAUAUCCAAUAUACCCCUAUUGACAAAAACAACUCAACUCCAUUCAAUUCAGUUCUCCACAAAUUCAACGCGUGGAGCACCAAGGCUGAGGUCACGGCUAACAACAUUUGGAAAAACCUGAAGACGGGAUCAUCUGUGUCGGGAGCAGCGUGGGGGAAGAUGAACUUGGGCGCCAAAGCAAUCACAGGGGGUGGAUUUGAGAGUCUUUACAAACAAUCUUUUGCUACUUAUCCAAACGAGACGCUCAAAAAGACCUUUGCAUGUUACCUGUCCACUUCCACCGGUCCGGUCGCCGGAACCCUCUAUCUCUCCGACAUCCACGUGGCAUUUUGCAGCGACCGCCCCUUGUCCUUCACCGCACCCUCCGGUCAAGAGACUUGGAGUUAUUACAAGAUUUUGAUAGCAUUAGCAAAGAUAGGGAGCGUGAAUCCAGUGGAGAUGAGGGAGAAUCCAACGGAGAGAUACAUACAGUUGGUGUCAACGGACGGCCACGAUUUCUGGUUUAUGGGAUUUGUCAACUACGAAAAAGCCACCAAUCAUCUCUUCGAUGGCAUUUCUAAAUUCGCAGCAGCCGGAGUUCCUGUGUCUCAACCUCCUCCGGCCAGUGGGCCAAAGUAUGGUUAGAGCAACGCCUUAUAUGGCCUGUAUUGAACAUUGAGUUCCAUACAACAUUUGUUACUUCAUUUUUACAGUUUCAGAUUAUCAUUCCUUUGAUUUUCA